AUGACCGACUUUUCGACAUGGAAGGUGACAGAUCUCAAGGCCGAAUUGAAACGGCGCGGGAUUCCGCAGACUGGUCUCCGAGUGAAGCAGAACUUCAUUGAUCGACUCCUCGAGGAUGACGCCAAGGGGGAAACCGGUGGCUCGGCGGAAGAAACACCCAGUGCUCCACAGGAAAAAUUAGACGAGGGGAAUGAGAAGGAGGAGAAAAAAGAGGAUAAACCAGAGCCUGAACAAGAUGCACAACAGCCGCCCGCGGAAGUGCCAUCUCAACCGCAAGAGUCUCAGCCCGAGGAGCCCCAACCCGAAGAGCCCCAAACUGAGGAGAAAGGAAACGAAGAAUCGAAACCAGAGGAGAAGGUAGCACCAGAUGCGGCCGCAGAAGAGACACGGGAUGAGCCCAAACCUGCGGAAGACCCCCAGGCUGUCGAAAAGCCUGAAGAACAGUCGCAACAAGCUCAACCGGAGGAGCCCAGCAAGGAGGCACCCCAAGAAGCUCCUGAACAGGCCCAGUCAGGUGAUGCAAUGGAUCAUGAGCCCACCGAGGCUCCUGUUGUUCAGCCCAAUCCUGAAUCGGAAACUCCUGCUGAACCGGUCGAGCAGGCUCCCGGAGAUGCCAUGGAGAAGGAGCCUACGCCUGCCGAAAAGAGUGUGCCGUCCGCUCCUAAUGCUUCAGAAGUGAAUACUGGGUUGUCCACACCCCUUCCCGCAGAAGAAAUCCUCGAGGACACGCGGAAACGGAAGCGUCGCAGUCAGAGUCCUAUUCCUACCCCAGAAGCGCUUGCGAACAAGAAGGCUAGAGCGGAGAAUGGGAGUCCAAAGGUAUCAUUGCCCGAGGAUCGAGUCUCCGAGGCCGCCUCCGAGGGUAAGAAUGCCAAGAACGAUGCGGCUGCCCUGUCUGAAGAACGCCCGAAUGGUCCGGUCCAACAAGAAACCACUACAAACCAGGAGGCAAAGCAUGCAUCCGUUUCUGAAGAACCUCGGGCCAAGAGAGGUGCUCCGCCGAAACAAGAUGCGCGAUUCAAAGGUCUCUUUGCCGCUGAGCGAGACCAACCACGAGCAGCUUCGCCCCCCGUGGACACAGAAAUGGAGGAUGCAGAGGUUGAACCUGCUCUUCAUGUUGCUACAGCAGCUCUCUACGUCGAUGGUUUGAUGCGUCCUCUGCAGCCCCAGGCGCUACGAAACCACAUUGUCAGUCUUGCGUCAGGUUCCGGAGCAUCGCCUGAUCCGGACGUGAUUCUGGAUUUCUACUUGGACCCUAUCAAGACUCAUUGCUUUGUCAGUUUCACCAGUAUCUCAGCAGCGUCACGAGUUCGCUCCGUGCUUCAUGGCACUGUUUGGCCCAACGAACGAAACCGCAAAACCCUGUUUGUCGACUUCAUCCCUGAGAACAAAGUGCAGGAAUGGAUCAGCAGAGAGGAGGGAUCGCGGGGACGUGGUGGUCCUGCACCCCGGUGGGAGGUCAAGUACGACCGAACAGAGGAUGGCGUCGAAGCCGUUCUGGAGGAAAUCGACACGAAGGCCACAGGAUCACGAUCCCAGGAACCGAGUCAUACCAAUGCUUCUUUCCCCGCACCCCCAACUGGUCCUCGCGCAGAUAAAGAAGAUAGACGCCCAAGUGGUCCACCCCCAUCAGAACCUCGUCCUCGACCAGGACAAGGCUUCAAGCCCCUGGACGAGCUGUUCAUGUCGACCACCGCCAAGCCAAAGCUCUACUAUCUUCCUGUUCCUCGGGAAGUAGCGGAUCGCCGUUUGGACCGUUUCGAUGAUAUCCUACGCAAAGGCUCAUAUCCUCGUCGCGGGGGUGAUGAGACCCGGCGGAUUUCGUUCGAAGAUGACGAUUUCUUUGUGGAUCACGGGCCAGAAUUUGCUGGACGGGGCCGCGGGGGACGAGGACGAGGACGAGGGGGUGGCUUCGGAGGUUCAUGGAGGGGUGAUAGGAGAGGACGAUAUUAG